CGGGGGCGGGGACGGGGCGCCAUGGGGCGCGAGUGAGCCGAGCAUGGAGCGGGCCCCGCGCCCCCCGCCGCCGCCGCUGCUGCUGCUGGCGCUGUGCUGCGGCCUGGGCCCCGCCGCGGAUGUGCUGUUCUGCCAAGUCCACUGGCUCUGGGCUCUGCGCAGCUUCCUCUCUGCAGCAGAACAAUGAGACCAGUGUGACCUCGGGGAAGCGCCCCCAGCCUCGCCACUCUUGCUCUUUGCCAACCGUCGGGACCUGCGGCUGGUGGACGCGGGCAGCGCCAGGACGGAGGCCAGCGUGGUGGCCAGCGGGCUGGAGGACGCGGCGGCCGUGGACUUCCAGUUCUCCCGGGGCGCCGUGUACUGGACGGACGUGAGCGAGGAGGCCAUCAAGUGCACACAGCUCAACCGCACGGGCGCCGGCGCGCAGAGCGUGGUGGUGUCGGGGCUGGUGUCCCCCGACGGGCUGGCCUGCGACUGGGUGGGCCUCAAGCUGUACUGGACCGAUUCGGAGACCAACCGCAUCGAGGUGGCCAACCUCAACGGCUCCUGCCGCAAGGUGCUCUUCUGGCAGGACCUGGACCAGCCCCGCGCCAUCGCCCUGGACCCCGAGCGCGGGUACAUGUACUGGACAGACUGGGGGGAGACACCUCGCAUUGAGCGGGCGGGCAUGGACGGCAGCUCCCGCAAGGUCAUUGUGGACUCGGACAUCUACUGGCCCAACGGCCUGACCAUCGACCUUGACGAGCAGAAGCUGUACUGGGCCGACGCCAAGCUCAGCUUCAUCCACCGAGCCAACCUGGACGGCUCCUUCCGACAGAAGGUGGUGGAGGGCAGCCUGAUGCACCCUUUUGCCCUGACGCUGUCAGGGGACACCCUGUACUGGACCGACUGGCAGACCCGCUCCAUCCACGCCUGCAACAAGAGGACGGGGGCCAAGCAGCGGCAGAUCCUGGGCGCCCUCUACUCCCCCAUGGACAUCCAAGCGCUCAGCCCGGAGCGCCAGCCGCACUUUCAGUCGCGCUGUGAGCAGGGCAACGGCGGCUGCUCGCACCUGUGCCUGCUAUCCCCGAGGGAGCCCUUCUACACCUGCGCCUGCCCCACGGGCGUGCAGCUGCAGGCUGACGGCAGGACGUGCAAGGCAGGCGCCGAGGAGGUGCUGCUGCUGGCGCGGCGCACGGACCUGCGGCGGAUCUCGCUGGACACGGUGGACUUCACGGACAUCGUGCUGCCGGUGGCCGACAUCCGGCACGCCAUCGCGCUGGACUACGACCCGCUGGAGGGCCACGUGUACUGGACGGACGACGAGGUGCGGGCCAUCCGCCGCGCCGCCCUGGACGGCUCGGGGGCGCAGACGCUGGUCAGCACCGAGGUGCACGACCCCGACGGGAUCGCCGUGGACUGGGUGGCCCGCAACCUCUACUGGACCGACACCGGCUCCGACCGCAUCCAGGUGGCCCGGCUCAACGGCACGUCCCGCAAGGUGCUGGUGGCCGAGGACCUGGACGAGCCCCGCGCCAUCGUGCUGCACCCCGCCGCCGGACUCAUGUACUGGACGGACUGGGGGGAGAACCCCAAGAUUGAAUGUGCCCACCUAGACGGGCAGGAGCGGCAUGUGCUGGUGAACACGUCCCUGGGCUGGCCCAACGGGCUGGCGCUCGACCUGCAGGAGGGCAAGCUUUACUGGGGGGAUGCCAAGACCGACAAGAUCGAGGUGAUCGGCGUGGACGGGGCGGGCCGGCACACGCUCCUGCAGGACAAGCUGCCACACAUCUUCGGCCUCACGCUGCUGGGCGACUUUCUGUACUGGACGGACUGGCAGCGGCGCAGCAUCGAGCGCGUGCACAAGGUCAAGGCCAGCCGCGACGUCAUCAUCGACCAGCUGCCCGACCUCAUGGGGCUGAAGGCCGUGAACGUGGCCAAGGUGCUCGGAAGCAACCCGUGCGCCGAGGGCAACGGGGGCUGCAGCCACCUGUGCUUCUUCACGCCGCGCGCCACCCUGUGCGGCUGCCCGCUGGGCCUGGAGCUGCUGGGCGACCUGAGGACGUGCAUCGUGCCCGAGGCCUUCCUGCUCUUCAGCAGCCGCGCCGCCAUCCACCGCAUCUCGCUCGAGACCGCCAACAGCGACGUGGCCAUCCCGCUGGCCGGCGUCAAGGAGGCCUCCGCCCUGGACUUCCACGUGGCCGACAACCACAUCUACUGGACAGAUGUCAGGCUCAAGACCAUCAGCCGGGCCUUCAUGAAUGGCAGUGCCAUGGAGCACGUGGUGGAGUUCGGGCUCAUCUACCCGGAAGGCAUGGCGGUGGACUGGAUGGGCCGGAACCUCUACUGGGCCGACACCGGUACCAACCGCAUUGAGGUGGCGUGGCUGGACGGCCAGUUCCGGCAGGUGCUUGUGUGGCGAGACCUCGACAAGCCGCGCUCGCUGGCCCUGGACCCCACGGAAGGUUACAUCUACUGGACGGAGUGGGGCGGGAAGCCCAGGAUUGUACGGGCCUUCAUGGAUGGGACCAACAGCGUGACGCUGGUGGACAGGGUGGGCCGUGCCAACGACCUCACCAUCGACUACGCAGAGCAGCGUCUCUACUGGGCAGACCUGGACACCAACAUGAUCGAGGCCUCCGACAUGCUGGGCCAGGAGCGCGUGGUCAUCGCCGACGACCUCCCGCACCCCUUCGGGCUGACCCAGUACAGUGACUACAUCUACUGGGCCGACUGGAACCUGCACAGUAUCGAGCGGGCCGACAAGGCCAGCGGCCGUAACCGCACCCUGGUGCAGGGCCACCUGGGCUUCGUGCUGGACCUGCUGGUCUUCCACGCCUCGCGCCAGGACGGUCUCAACGACUGCGCCCGUGCCAACGGCCAGUGCAGCCAGCUGUGCCUGGCCGUCCCCGGGGGCCGCCGCUGUGCCUGCGCCGCCCACUACACGCUGGACCCCGGUGGACGGAACUGCAGCCCGCCCGGCACCUUCCUGCUGCUGGGCCAGAGAAGCAUCAUCAGCCGCCUGGUGCCCGAGGACCCCCCGAGCCCCGACCUGGUGCUGCCGCUGCAGGGGCUGCGCAACGUGCGCGCGCUGGGCUUCGACCCCCGCGCCCGGCGGGUGUACUGGGUGGACGGGCGCCUGAACAUCAAGCACGCGCGGGCGGAAGGCGGCCAGCCGGUGGUGCUGACGGGUCUGAGUCCCGGCCAGCACACGGAGCGACAGCCUCACGACCUCAGCAUCGAUGUGUACAGCCGGGCGCUCUUCUGGACGUGCGAGGCCACCAACAGCAUCAACGUCCACCGGCUGGACGGGGACCCCGUGGGCGUGGUGCUGCGUGGGGAGCGAGACCGGCCCAGGGCCAUUGCAGUUAACCCUGAGCGCGGGUACCUGUACUUCACCAACAUGCAGGAGCGCGCGGCCCGGAUCGAGCGAGCCGCCCUGGACGGCACGGAGCGUGAGGUGCUGUUCUCCAGUGGUCUCAUCCGGCCCGUGGCCCUCGUGGUGGACAAUGCGCUGGGCAAGCUCUUCUGGGUGGACGCCGACCUGAAACGCAUUGAGAGCUGCGACCUGUCGGGUGCCAACCGCCUGACUCUGGAGGAUGCCAACAUCGUGCAGCCCGUGGGCCUGACUGUGCUGGGCCGCCACCUCUACUGGGCCGACCGGCAGCAGCAGACGAUCGAGCGAGUGGACAAGGCCACCGGGGCACAGCGCACCCGCGUGCAGGGCCGAGUGACACCCCUGACGGGCAUCCACGGUGUGGAGGACGUCAGCCUGGAGCUUUCGACCCACCCCUGUGCCCAGGACAACGGCGGCUGCUCGCACAUCUGCAUUGCCAAGGGGGAUGGGACACCCCGGUGCUCCUGCCCUGUCCACCUUGUGCUCCUGCAAAACUUGCUCACCUGUGGAGAGCCGCCCACCUGCUCCCCGGACCAGUUCGCCUGCGCCACCGGGGAGAUCGACUGCAUCCCCGGGGCCUGGCGCUGCGACGGCUUCCCCGAGUGCGACGACCAGAGCGACGAGGAGAGCUGCCCCGUGUGCUCGGCCGCCCAGUUCCCCUGCGCCCGCGGCCAGUGCGUGGACCUGCGGCUGCGCUGCGACGGCGAGGCCGACUGUCAGGACCGCUCUGAUGAGGCCGACUGCGACGCCAUCUGCCUGCCCAACCAGUUCCGGUGUGCCAGUGGCCAGUGUGUGCUCAUCAAACAGCAGUGCGACUCCUUCCCCGACUGCUUCGAUGGCUCUGACGAGCUCAUGUGUGAGAUGGCCAAGCCGGCAUCUGAGGACACCCCAGGGCACAGCGGUGCCAUCGGCCCCGUCAUUGGCAUCAUCCUCUCGCUGUUCGUCAUCGGGGGCACCUACUUUGUCUGCCAGCGUGUGGUGUGCCAACGCUACUCGGCGGCCGGGGGGCCCUUCCCACAUGAGUGUGUCAGCGGGACCCCCCACGUGCCCCUCAACUUCAUAGCCCCAGGCAGCACUCAGCACGGGCCCUUCCCAGGCAUUUCGUGCGGCAAGUCGACGGUGACCUCUGUGGGCCUGAUGCAGGGCUGUGCCGGGGCACCCCUCUACGACCGGAACCACGUCACCGGGGCCUCGUCUAGCAGCUUGUCCAGCACCAAGGCCACACUCUACCCACCGAUCCUGAACCCGCCGCCAUCCCCCGCCACAGACCCCUCCCUGUACAACGUGGACGUGUUCUAUGCUUCAAACAUUCCUGCCGCUGCACCUGUCAGGGCCUACAUGCUCCGGGGUCCGGCGCCCCCCACCACGCCCUGCAGCACUGAGGUGUGUGACAGCGACCACAGCGCCAGGCUCUGGAAGGCCAGCAAGUACUACCUGGACUUGAACUCGGACUCCGACCCCUACCCGCCCCCACCCACGCCACACAGCCAGUACCUGUCGGCAGAGGACAGCUGCCCGCCCUCCCCGGCCACCGAGAGGGGCUACUGCCACCUCUUCCCACCUCCACCCUCCCCCUGCACUGACUCCUCCUGACCCCCGCCCCGGCCCACCCCUGUACAUAGUUUAAAUAUGAACAAAGGAAAAUAUAUUUUAUGAUUUAAAAAAAGCAGAGUACGGAUUUAACACGUAUGUGCGCACACAUAUGAGGAUUGUGAACUGUGUGUCAGGUGGGCCGGGUCCUGUGCGGAGCGAGAAGCGAACAUGCUCCACCCACUGGGGAUUCCAACUCGGGGCUCCGGGGGCUUAGGCUGGCAGGGCACAGGACUUGCACACCUGAGGUUCUGGGUUCGGUCCCCGGCACUGCAUGGGGCAGAAUGGUGCUCUGGUCUCUCUCUUGCCUAUGAAAAGGUCUUUCUCAGGUUCCAGCCCCCGGUGCCCACCUGCAGGGGAGUCAGCCUGCACAAUGACACCACCACUUGCAACUUACUCCUUGAUAGAGCACGAGAGACAGAUAGAGGGAGAGAUACCCACUACACUCUCCCGCUGCCUGUGAAGCUUCCCCCCACCCCCCAACACAGGUGGGCACAAGGGACUCGGACCCGGGCCUCACACUCUACUGAGGGCAUCAUCACUUGGCUCUAAUAAUUAAAAUAAUAUAUAUUAAAUUAAAUUAAAAUUAUAUAUAUAUA